AUAUAUAAAACUAUUAUAUGACAAAAUGAAAUUAUUGCAGAAAUUUAUAUUUAAAAUAAUAAUUUUAUUUUUAAUUAUUAUUGGAAUUACUGAAGGAAAAUAUUCUAAAUUUGUUACUUUUGCUAAAAAUAUAAGAAAUGUGAACACAGAUUUAAAAAAUUUCUUAGAAGAUAUAAGAAAUCGAAUGUGCCAUCCUAUAUCAAAAUUAAAAUUACCACCAUUGGAUACUUUUACAAUUGAAAAUUAUCAACAUAAUUUAACUGGCGGCGAAUUAGGAAAUUUGGACUUUUUAGCAAAAAAGAUUGAAGCUGUUGGUCUAUCAGAUUUUAUUGUUAAAGAUUUACAUUUAUAUUUUCUAAAUCCAAGUAUUGUAAUUGAUAUCUAUGUUCCAAAAGAAAUAAUUAAUAUUGAUUACAAAUUGAAUGGUACAAUAGCUGAACUCUUUCAAAUAAAUGCAGAAAGUGAUAUGAAUUUUAAAUUUGAAAAAAUUGGAUUUCGUUUUGAGGCAAAAAUUUUAGUUGCAAAAAAUUUAAGAAUUUCAGUUCAAAAAUUAGAGCCAUAUAUUAAUAAAUUUGAUUUACGCAUCAAUAAUUUAUUUCCCGAUGAAGAAGUUAAUGAUUUUAUUAAUCAAAUGAUAAAGGAUUUAGCACCUGAAAUUAUUAUUGAUUACUGGAAAGCUAAAAAACCUGAAUUAAUUUUGUAUAUUGAAAAGGUUGUUGCCGAUUUAUUAAAAGGUUAUUCCAUAUUGGAUAUUUCAAGAUUAAUAAAAAAUUUAAAGAAAUUUUUUGAUGAAAAUGAUCCUGAACCAAAUUGUAAAUCAAAAAGGCUCUAAUAUAUAUAAUAUAUAAAAAUAACAAUUAUAAAAUCAUUAAUUUUUUAAUUAAAUAUUAUCAGACAUUUAUUAAAGUUUAUUUCAAAAAAAAAAAAACGUAAAACCUUUAUCAAAAUCUUAAUUAAAAUUUAGAUGAAAUUUUUAUUUAAAAAGUAGAAACAUGUAUGUAUGUCCUAUAUCAAAUACAUAUCGUCGGUUGAGUUCUAUUUUGAUCCAUAAGUUCCACAAUACUUAAGACCACUCUUGUAGGUUUUCGAGGAUAAUCUUUCAUUAUAAUAUGUAAUCAGUUUUAUGCUAUCUCAUUUAGUUUCAUAGAUACGUAGAUAUCGUUUUGAUCCACCUUCACUUAUAAUUCGAUUUGGGACGCUUUUUCAAAUAGAUCAAAAUAGAACUCAACCGACGAUAUAAUAAUAAUUGCUUAAUAAAAUUAUUUUGUUUAGAUGUUCAAAUUUUGAAUAUGUGAGUUGAAUGAAUUUAUAUAAAUUUUUAUAUUUUUUUUUUUUUCAUUUAUCUACGUUAAGAUUUAGUACGCAUCGUCGCAUCAUAGAGUCCCACACUACAUAUUAUUAAUUUUGUUUUUGAUAUAGAGGUACAUACAUUAAAGCUUUUAUAUACAUACAAGUCUACUUAUCUAUACAUUAUUAAAGUUAGCAUAUUAAAAUUUUUUAAUUUUAAUUUAAUUAAAAAUGAAAUUUAAUAAAACUUAUAUUCAAAGUUAUUAAAUAUGUUAUAAAUAGUACAUAUAGGAUUUUACGAAUUUCAAGUCAAAGUUUAAAAUUAUGUAUUGCCAUAAAUUAAAGAUGAAUAAUAUCAAAUAUAAUCAUAAAAUAAUUAAAUCAUAAUUUUCAUUUAUUCAAUAACCAAAAUGAAAAUAAUUCAAAUUUUAUUUUUGAUUAAGUGACUAAAGUUCUUUUUUUAUAACAUUA